ACGACAGGACGGGACAGUUGGAGCGCGAAAGUGAGCGAGUCCGCGUUGGGAGAGGCUCGGUGUGUAUACAUACAUUAUAUACACACAUCGGGGUGCGCUGUAGAAUACACUCCGUGUCGUGUACAUAUGCCCGUCUCGGCUGUAAAUCUCGGCGCGGUCGCAGUCGGCAACGGGUCGAACGACGUAGUAGCGGAUGGGUCGCGAUUCGGACCGUUCGUCUGGUUGAACAUGAUGCGCGCCUGCGAGGGGACGUUCGAUGUGCGAUUGGAAAGAUUCAGCGGCACCGUCGCGGCGACGACGACGACGUCGACGUCGGCAGCAGCAGCAGCAGCGGUGAACAGCGGUGACGUGACGAGGGAAGAGGAGGAAGAGGAAGAGGAGCCGACGUCGAGAAAGUCCGAGGGGCAGCUGUCUUUGCUGAACAGCUGUUCGUCCUACAAGCCUGCGAGUCGUGUGACAGAAAUGGAGGACCACGGCCCAUCCUGGAACAACCUGCCCAGCGUUAUCCUGCAGGAAAUUUUCUCGUAUCUGUCGCACGAGACCAGAAUAAGAGCCUCUCAGGUGUGCAGAAAUUGGAGGUACACUCUGUUCCAUCCAAGUUUCUGGAAAAAAAUCACUUUUGUGUUCAGAGACGAAGACAGCGUUUUAUGGUCUCGAUCUUUGGCAAAUUAUUUUGCUUUGAGUGUGCACGAAGCUACGAUUCGUUGGGAUAAACCCAGAUACAUUGAUUAUGUAGGUGAAACAUACAAGCUCAUGAAACAAUUAAGUCAUAAUAAACAAUUGAGAAAAUUGUUUUUGGAAUUUAAUAGCAAUGCCUACGAUUUUUCUUUUGACAAUGAGGAUGACAGUAACUGCUAUCGUUCCACAUUAAUAGAAUCUGUGGCAAAUAUUAUUGAAACUUCUAAUUAUCUGGAGGCCCUAAGUCUAGGAUGCACAGAAGAGUUGAUAGUGAAUAUGUUUAUAAUUUUGGAACCUCUUCGUCUUCAUCAUGCCAAACAUCUAACGCAUCUCAGUCUGGCAUCUGUUAAGGACGACCCUGAUUAUUAUGAUUUUUUCGAGCUUGAUAACACUAUUUUUAAUUCGUUUAUCAGAUUAUCUGUCUUGACUCUGGAUUACGAGUUUGUCAAUGAUACUUUAUUAAAAGCGUUAGACAAUGGGUGUAUGCAAAGAUUUGUGAUUCAUGUACAUGGCUGGAAAAACGAUUAUCCGGGAACAACAAAUAUGGCUUGGCAAAUGUUUAGUCAAAAAAAUCCACAAUGUGAAUUAAGGCUUAAUCUUAUACACUCUUAUGCUGGCGUUAAGGUUUUACACACCGAUAUAUUAUGUCCCGCUAUGCCAUUGACGCAUUUAAAAGUAUUGUUCUGUGAAAACGUUAAUAACAGAGCAUUGCUUCGAUUAUCAAUGUGGUAUUCGCAUACACUGAGAUCAUUGACAUGGAUAGACUCGAUAGAUCGCGCGCAACAGAUGCCAGCUACAUUUGAUCCAAACGAUCCAAAUAGUCCAGAUCCUUUGGUAUUGGUGGCAUGGAAAUGUACGAAGCUUACAAAGGUGGUGUUCCUAGGCCAUAAAUACUAUCAAGAGAAUUUGUUGGCCAUUGCACGUCUCAGAGGCAAUACUCUUAAAUUGCUGGUAUUUGCGAAAAGUGAUAUCACAUCUGAAAAUGAAUCGUGGCACAAAGCUGAAAGUAUCACACACGAAAUCCGAGACAUAAUGGGUCUACAUUGGAUGCCGUUGAGCGAUUCAGAUCUACCGAUGGUGAUAUUGGAUCCUUUCAAAGGCGACAGCAGAGAAGUGAUUAUGCCAUUGGUUCUUAGCGAUCAAAAGUAAUUUUUGAUAGAAGCCAAGGAAAAUUUCUACUCAGUAUGAUUACCCAACAUCAUUUCCGGACCACCAGCAUUCUCAGAAGUAACGUUAUCAAAUUUCAUCUUUUAUUCUAUAAAAAUUUUGUUUUUGUUUAACGAGAAAUUUUGGAUGAAACAUCGAACAGCGUAUAUAAGUUCGAAAUCUCAUCAACGGCAUAAUCGUUUCGCCGAGUUGAGAAUCCUAUUGGGUACAAUGAGAGAGAUAUAGAGAGAUAAACGCACAUAUAAUCUUCUCGUUUACGAUAUUUCUGUCGAUUCAUAUAUCAGUGUGAUAAACUAUAGUCAACUAGAUCUAUUUUGACUUGUUGAUAUAUUCAAAUGCAAAUUACAACACAUUUGCAAACAAUGAGACGAUCUCUUCAACUAAAAGAGACGAUCUUUUCGGUGAUUUAUAUGCAUUGUAACUUUCUUCUUAUGGAAAACUAUAUGAGUCGUGUUUUGUUGUUGACAAAGUGAUGCUAGGAAAAGAUUAUGCGUAUAUAUAUUUAUUAAGGCAUUAAGAACGAUAAAUAAUUGCCCUUAUCGCCUAUAAAAUUGAUAUUGAAAAGGGAACCAGAAUACAUUUUAUAUAAUUACAAUACUAUUCUGGUCAAAGAGAGCUGUGCAUUUUAAAACGACAUGGCUGAAGAACAAGAUUGCAACACGCGAAGAAUCUUUAAAAGAGAUCUACAAAGCUUAGCAGAGCUGAGACUGAAGAAUACGGCGAAAGACGCUUAUUCAACGUAAAAAGAAAAAACUACAGCACAUCGAAGAGAGAAAGGAAGAGGUUCGGAUCUUAUGAUCUUCCACUGGAAAGAAUAACAAAAUUCCAAACGUAUGUAAGUAAAAAAAAACGCGCGUUCAACAACAUAUUUUUCCAAUUUUCUGGGAAGUUAGAUGAUAGCGAGCGCCAAGAGCAUGACGUGCGAAAGUCAAACUUUUAGUAAAACUUCGCGAAGAGUUCAUUAAAUAAGCGGCGCACACAUGAGUAUAAAAGAGUAUAAAUCGCGCUCGAGAAACAAAAAGAGCAAAAGACAAAAAAAGCGCGAAGUAUCGAUAUAGCGAUCCGAGGUUAUUUUUAAUACCAAGACCAAUCGGACGCUUUUGUACAAAUGUUAACGUAUGCGCACCGAAAGAAAGUCGGCUCGAUGUAAAGUACGUGAUACAAGCGCGGGCGAAAGAAUGAAAUGAGAGAAAAAAAAAUAAAAUCACUCGAGAUACAACCUGUUCAUGUAUAGCUUUCGACAGGUGAUAACGAGUAGUAAGUCGAAUGUGAGUAUAAUACUUAAAAAAUAUAAUAUAUAUAAUCGUCUAUACUCACCGUGCUCUUAGCGACCGCUGAUGACUAACACACGAAUAUAAGUGUGUAUCUGUAAAAUCGAAGGUAUUAGUCGCUAAUCGUAUAUUAUGUAUGUAUAUGUAUGUAUAACUGUAUUAUCUGUCGAACUUUAAACACGUCAACAUCCGGACGCAGUGCGCAUCUAUUUCUGUCGUACAAUUAACGGUGACGAUUUUUUGAGAGUGUGUUUACAAAAGAGAGCGAGAGAGUGAAAGAGAAAGAUAGAGCGAUCUGUAACAAAGAUAAGAUACCAAAAUGCAACCGUAUAUACACAGUUUACUAUUCCGAGAGAUUAUUUACUUUUUUUUUUUCGAAACCUUGUAUAAUUAUAUUACAUUGUCGUGUAUCGUAACUUGUAGUCACGUGUAAUAUUGUGUUCUUUUUAUAUGUGGUUUCUGUACAUACAUCUCCAUGCGUUCGAGACACUGGAUACACGCGCGAAUAACGCGGAAUCACGCGCGGAAGAAUACACGAAGAGAAAACGAGAAAAUAGGAAAAGUGAGAAACACAAGAGGAGCAAAGAGAUGAGAAACAAAUGUACGAUGGAUAGGAGAGAAAAAAAGUUUCUUUUCGACGUACGAUCAGCUGUUAUACAAGAUGAAUGGGCCUUAAUAUGUACCUGAGUCGCGGUAAGGGUAAAUUUAUUGAGAAAAUCUGUCACGCGACAUCCACCAUAGAGAGAUAAACCACCUUAAUAACUGUUGCGUCCUCGCGAAAGUGCGUAUACUAACAUAUAAUACAUAUAUACACACAUUCGUUAGGACAACGGCUACGAACUUGAGGUAUAUCACGCUCGUGCAAGUGCCCUUUCAUUUCGUAUUCCGCGCGUGUAUAUUUUUACAUCGGAGAAAAAUAGAGAGGGAAAAUCUAACGCGAAACGAGAGAAAUUUCCAAAUAAGGGUUUUCUCACACAAGAAUCGUAGUUAUUAACUAUGUACGAUACGCGGACGUAUCUACUAACAAAUCGUUCGCUGAUCGUCGAUACUAUAAUACGGGAUAGGACGAAAACUUUAUGAAUGUAAUUUUACGUUUAUUCUUGUUUUUCUUUUAAACGAACGAAAAUUUCGCGUGAAGAAGAAAAACUAUAUUCGGGGAUGCGGUAUCCAGCGUAUGAAUGUGAUAAAUGAGCGAGAGAGAGAGAGAGAGAGAAAAUUAACGAACACGAGAAUAAUUAUGUAAGUGUGAAAAAUAGCCAUGUGACAAAUUGCGCGAGAGCAAGUUUAAUAGCGUGCGAAUAGAGAAAGAACGAGAAAAAUUAACCGAGAAUGCGAGAUGAUACGCGUUUUUGAAUGUAAUAAUGGAUAUAUCCGCGAAUCGUAGAAACAAAUCAAGUGAUAUGAUAGUACCAUCUCUGUACGAGUCCUCUGUACUAAGUAAAUAUCUAGUAGAAGGCAAUCGUGCAGCCGUUUGAUGUGGGCACAACGCAACUAAAUAACCACGUGUUCGUGUAAUAACACGACAAAACCACAAGUAUAAGACUGAACCUGCCGAAAGAGGUGUAUAUUACAACACAAGUCAAGCGAGCUGCACGUUGCCGCGCAAGAAUAGUCGACACCAUAUUCAUAAAAAUAAUUAAAGGGCGAGGGAUGGAAGGCACGCAGGUUUUUUGCAGAAAAAACAAAGAGAUACGUUCCGUUGUUGAACAUGAAUUUUUCUUCAAUUUCUCGCGUUUUUGAAACGCCUUGCUUUACUUUCCGAGGUUGCUUUCCAUCUAUCUCGGCCUUGUCGAAGUUACUUUGAAGUCGUUCGCGAAUAUUUAUGAAUAUGCGCGUCGCAAAAGCAAAAAAAAAAAAACAAAAAUAAAAGGGAUGGUGCACAAGCUAGCGUUUUAGAUCGGAAUAAGCCCUGAGAGAGCUCACUCGACGGCGACGUUCUCGUAACCGAUUAUUAUAAACUUAAACCCUUUAAAGCAGCCUGCCAAGAAUCAAAAUACUGUAAAAUAUCAAACGAACGCUAGCCAGUACAGAAUGCUAAGAUCUAUUUUUUAAGAAGCGAAUGUAUAUUUUUGUACUAAGGCAGGCCUUAGCGUGUGAUCGUGUCUUCUUGCGCGUAACGGCGAGACCGAGAGCUGUGAUUAUAACACGUGUUGGCUAUACAAGGGAUAUAGGGAGAGUAAGAUCAACACGGGAAAUAUAUAUCGAGAGCGUAAUUUGCGCAUCAGCAUUGCGAAAUAAUAACAAUAUAGGGAACACGAGACGAGAAUCCCUGAUCGAAUGUUACCGAGUGAGCUGUAAGCAUAGACAGGGCGUAAUAAAACAAAAAUCGAGAAUAAAACAUCUGUGAUAAAGUAGAAAAAAAUCUUACAAGCGUGUUCGAGAGUGGAUGAAGAUCGGCGAGUGUAGGUAGAAAGUAGAAAAAAAAGAGAGGACUGAAAAAGAAUCAGAACUUGAAGAACGUGUGAGCGAUUCCUUCGAGAGACUUGAGACUUGAAGAGCCGGUGACCUCGACGUUCACGAAGAAGAAUUCGUCGCGGGUACGAUCGAUUAUUGAUCAGCGGAUCGAAAAAAAGAAACAGAGAGAUUGUCCUUCGACAAGAUAGCCCGGUCUAAUUAAGCGGACGACCCGAUCAGCUCAUCUCGAUCGCGCGCUCUAAGUGGGUUGCACAAUGCAUAUUUAUUUUUCCUUUUUUUCUUCUCGGCCAGCAGUCAGGCGUGCGCGUCCUGGAAGAGCCACGAUACAUGAAUUUACCUAGCCAUCGUUUAAUAAUCCUGUAUCUUGGCUCUUGAUAAACGCGGCGGAAUCAUGGCCAGCGCGGAGAGAGUUUUCCCUUUACACGAAAACUCCGCUCCGUCCUUCGACAUUCCAUUAGCGAGGUGCGGAGACACGUGCGACACCGCGUUGACGCGCCAAAUGAUUACUGAUACGCUUCGCCGGCUUCCUAUAGACAAUGUUGGUCCUCUCGACUCACCGCGAAUAGACAGCUUUUUCGUCCCACUCUACAAAAGCUGAUUUGAUAAGAUUUAAGAGAAAAAUUACAUUGAUCCUAAGCUUCAAACUCUAGCUUUAAAAGUUGGGAAUUGACCAACUCGUUUAGGACUUCGAGAUUAAGAUAACAUGAGAAUUAUUUAAAGCCAGAAAUACGUUGCAGUUUGAAGCUUUUUGUCGUAAAACUUAAGACUUAAAUCACCCUUUGUAGACUAGGAUUUAGGCUGCAGCGGUUUUGGCGUCUUUUCUCCCUUGCGUGGAGAUGAAAUCCGCCGCUGACGGUGAAGCGCGCGCAUAUUUAGAUAAAUUAUAUAGUAGAAAGAGAAAAUCUCUUGAGUUAUCGUCGACUGAAAUUAAGAUCGCACAAGAUUAUAUCGUAUAUGUGAAUGUAUAUAGUUUUGAUUUUGACACGGACACGCAUUUUGUGAAACCCGCGCGAACGAAACAGUCGUCGGGUCACCGUCGGCGGCCACGAGUAUAGUAUAAGUUCCUAAAGAGAGAUAAUUUACACGUACAAGUACACACACACACACAGACAUACACAUACGAGUAUAAGCGAAGGUAGAACGAAGAGCUAUCGUCUUUGUGUAAGAACCCAGAGAUAUAUUAAUAUAUUUAAUAGUUUAUUCGUUCGUUUUUUUUCUCGGUGCUUUCCAAUACUUUCGGACACGAUAACAUCUCGUCAUUACUUAACAAAGUAUUAUGUAUACCUAUAUACAAUCCAUUCCAUUCGACGGGAAUGAGCGUAGCAUAUUGUCGCUAGGAAGAUCGGCCAAAGCGAGUUUUUUUCUCGAUUUUAGAGAAGCCGAAAAGUAUUGCGUAGUAUCGGUCGGAGGCAGAUUGUAUCUGCAAUUUUAUACGAGUUGUUUGUUUCGACGAGAUAAUGAAUGCAAAUAAGAUAUAUUCGAUAUAUAAAUUAUUAAUUUAAGUAUACCGAGCACACACGAGGAUUCUAUUUAAUCCUAGGAAGCGCACGAGCGAGUAAAUAUAAAUAAUGCCUAAUGAGUUUCUGUAGACACAUACACAUGCAGAUCUUCGGUGAUCUUUUACUUGAAUUGAACAGAUUCAGACUUGCGUUACUUUCGAAACGCACGGCUCGUAUGUGUUCCCGAUUGAUUAAUUAAUAUAUAUUGUAAUAAUUGACUUGCCGUCGCGAUGUUUGGCGAUCAUCGCGUUUCGUUCGUGCCGUACAAAUGAUUUCUUCCCAUCAAAGAGAAGAUCUGUACAAGGAAGACGAUGUCGCUAGACAGACCAUGCGCAUUUCUUCUAUCGAGAUCUUCACACGCAACGGUGAACAAUAACAACAACAAAACAGCGUUAGAUGUAAGCAACGAGCCGUAUGUAAUAAGGGAAAAGAGCGAAAGUCCACAGUAUAACAAUUGCGUAAUCGAUCCUGAAGAUUUUUCUCGCAAAGAAAACGGCUUCGCGAGUACAACCGGACCCAAGCAUAUAUAUAUCUUGUCGCUAUUGUUCGUUCGUGUAAUUUCGAACGGAACUUUA